UGAUACUUGAGACUGGAGAGGAGAUAUAUCGAUGGUGUCUGUCUUUUGGUGAGGAGAACAGAGUGGAGAAGAUGUCGGAAUCUCCAUUGCUGCGAGAAGUAGAGGGAGAGAGGAAGAUCGGAAUAUCAUCGAGAUGGGAUGCGUUGACGGAGGAGCUGAAGAAGGUCAGCCGCAUAGCACUACCAAUGGUCUUCGUCGCGAUUUCCCAGCAACUGGUGAUCACGGUAGCCAUGAUGAUGCUCGGACACCUCGGCGAACUAUCCCUCUCCGGCGCCGCCAUCGCCACCUCUCUCACCAACGUCACCGGUUUCAGUCUUCUCUAUGGACUGUCUAGUGGACUAGAGACUUUGUGUGGCCAAGCAUAUGGAGCUAGGCAAUACAAGAAGCUAAGUGUCUACACAAAUGGAGCUAUGAUAGCUCUCGUUAUAGUCUGCAUACCAAUAUCUAUUCUAUGGGUUUUCAUGGAUAAACUAUUGAUAUUAAUAGGCCAAGAUCCACUGAUUUCUGUUGAAGCCAGAAAAUAUUCAAUUUGGCUGAUUCCUGCCCUGUUUUCACAUGCUAUUCUUCAACCACUGGUUCGUUACCUGCAAACACAAAGCUUGAUCCUUCCAAUGCUCUUAAGCUCAGUAGCAUCUCUAUGCUUUCAUGUGCCUGUCUGUUGGGCAUUUGUAUUCAAGUUAAACUUAGGCUGUAAAGGAGCAGCACUAGCAAUUGGUUUGUCGUACUGGCUCAAUGUGUUCCUCCUUGGUGUUUAUGUCCGUUAUUCUUCCUCCUGCAAUGACACCCGCAUCAGCAUCAGUUUCUCAAAAGAAGUUUAUUCAAGUAUAGGGGAGUUUGUGUGUUUGGCUAUCCCUUCAGCAUGCAUGAUUUGUCUUGAAUGGUGGACGUAUGAAAUAGUUGUAUUGCUAUCUGGACUCUUGCCUAAUCCCCAACUCGAGGCUUCAGUUCUCUCAAUAUGCCUAAUGAUUUCUUCAUUGCACUUCUUCAUACCGCUUUCCAUUGGUGCUGGCGCAAGCACUCGAAUCUCAAAUGAACUCGGAGCAGGAAACUCAGAGGCAGCACGAAAUGUUGUUACGGCAGUACUUGUUCUCUCGCUCUCAGAGGCAGUAAUCGCGAUCACAGCUCUUCUUUGCUCCGGACGUGUUCUGGGAUUCUUGUUCAGCAACGAGAAGGAAGUUGUGGAUUACAUAGGAAAAAUGGUUCCUUUUGUCUGUCUGUUGGUUGUGACAGAUUGCAUCCAGUCAGUACUCUCUGGAGUUGUGAGAGGAAAUGGGAAGCAGCAUUCUGGAGCAUACAUCAAUCUGGGAUCAUUCUAUUUGGUGGGAUUGCCAGUGGCAUCGAUCCUGGGCUUUGCUGCUCACUUGAAUGGGAAGGGGCUCUGGAUUGGACUAAAUAUAGGAGCUGCAGUGCAAUCCAUACUGCUUAUAAUCAUAACUUUGUUCACUGAUUGGCAAAAACAGGCAGACAGAGCUAGGGAAAGGAUCUUUGAUGGAAAUUGAAAAUUUUUAGUGUUUCUGAGGUAAUCAUUUAAGCUGGCACUUUUAUACUCUCUUAUCGAAUCUUAAUUAGUAUAUUUACUUGUUUUACAUUCAUUGUGAACAUCUGUUACUCUACAAUCAGAUCCAAUGUAGAAUUUUGAUAUAUAU